AUGCCGCCACAGCUGCCUAGGUUCCCUGGCGGGCCAAACACUAUUUCGCCCUACCACCAGCAGUUCUCCUCCCACGCGCAAGGCCACGGCCCUAGCCAUGGACCGCCCUUGGGUGCCAACCCUUCCUACCUCAAUGCGAAUGCCGCCCAGAUCAGCCCUUUUUCCACGAACGGAAACGUCCUCAGCGGCACCCCCGGCCUGAAUGGCGGCUUCCCUAUCGGCGCCGACACCGGGCUGGGGAGCCAUGCUGCGCGGAUGGGUUUUGCGCACGCGGCAAGCCUCCAGCAGCAACAGCAACAGCAACAGCACGGCCAGCCGCAACACAACUUCGCGCUCGAUCACGGCGCUGCGCCGGCGCGGACGACGCAGAACAAGGGGAGGAUAAGGGAAGUGUGGAAGCACAACCUCCACGAGGAAAUGGCGGUGCUGAGGGAGCUUGUCGAUAAGUACCCUUAUAUCGCUAUGGAUACGGAAUUCCCAGGCGUGGUGUCCCGGCCAAUGGGCUCUUUUAGGGGAAAGAGCGAUUACCACUACCAAUGCCUGCGAACCAAUGUCGACAUGCUCAAAGUCAUCCAGAUCGGACUGACGCUGUUCAACGAAGACGGCGAGACCCCGCCCGCGCGACCGAACUCUCAGCAGGACAUCGAACUGAGCGCAGCUCAACGAAGAGCGGCGUCACAAGGCCCGUUCCCUUACGCAUGGCAGUUCAACUUCAAGUUCUCUGUCAAGGAUGACAUGUACAACGAAAAAUCGAUUGAGUCAUUAUCCAGUGCCGGAAUCGACUUUGCCUCUCUCGAGAGGGACGGUAUCGACCCCCACGAAUUCGCCUCCCUCCUUAUUCCAUCCGGCCUCGUAUGCUUUGACAACGUGAAAUGGAUCUCGUUCCACGGAGGCUACGACUUUGGCUACCUUACUAAACUCCUCACAUGCAACGACCUCCCCAACGACGAGGCGGACUUCGAUCAAGUCAUGAAAUUGUACUUCCCGUCGGCUUAUGAUGUUAAGCACCUCAUGAAGCAUGCCAUCCGUCUCCACAACUCCGGGCUCCUAACUCCUAGCGACCCUAGCAGCGCCGACAUCCUCCAGAAGUUUGAACACAAGUCUGGCCUCGAGAACAUCGCCGAUUCUCUAAAGAUUAAGCGAGUGGGGAAUGCGCACCAGGCCGGUUCCGAUUCCCUCCUCACGGGCAAAGUUUUCUUCCAGAUGCGGGACAAGAUCUUCAACGGAGAAAUCCCAGAAGAGCACGUCGGCAAGGUCUGGGGCUUGGGCAUUCCCGAGCUGUUGGUCUUGGACAGACUGUCGUUCGGCAACAAUGGCGGGAACCAGGAUUCGACGCAAGGCCAGGGUCCCAACGGCCAGCACAACGGAGCGCCGAGCACACCUAAUACCGCCAGCGUUGGCCUCGUAAGCACACCCGCCGCGCAGUCGCACAAUACCAACGGCAUCUCUAUGGGGCCAAUGACGCCGGGCGGAGGAGGCGGAGUGUUCGGCAGCUUUGCCUUUGGAGGCUCCAGAUGA